AUGAGUAAAGCUAACGGUACCAGCACAGCACUCAAUAAAUGGAUGCACGUUGCGGGUGCUCCUGGCAGGUUGCUGGUGAGGCUGUGAAUGAUGCAGAUGCAAAAAUGGCGGUACCUCCUCGCCGCUUAGCACGCUGUCUUCGCCCUGGUCCGCUGGCCGUGAUCGCAUCUUUCUUCAUCUUCUUCCUGUCUCUCGGCAACGUCAGCUCCUUUGUUAUUCUUUACGUGUACCUUCAGAAGGAUUUCCACGCUUCUGCAAUUGAAACAGGUUGGGUCGGUUCUGCAGCAUGGGCGGUCAUGAACUUUCUAGCGCCUUUGCCGAGCGUCCUCUACGUCAGGUUUGGCUGCCAACGCGUGAUCCUGGUUGGCUUCCUGCUGUCCUUCGCUGGUUUGUUGGCAUCCUCGUUUGCAAACCACCUCUGGAUCUUGUACAUUACCUACGGGUUGGCGUUUGGUGCGGGCAGCAACUUUAUAUUGACAGCCACCAUCAACCUCGUCACCAGCCACUAUCCAGGGGACAACAAUAUAAGGGCCACUUCACUGGCCUCUGCCGGCCAACCUGUCGGUCUCCUCGUUAUAAGUGGCUUCCUUGAACGAGCGUGCUAUUACCUGGGCUGGCGCAACGGUCUUCGCAUCAUGUCUGGCCUUACAUUGGCGAUCGGGAUGGUAUGUACCGCCCUCUCACGGCAGCCCAGUCCAAUCAUCGCAGAAGACGAAGACGUAGAUUGUAAGCCCGUUUCAGCGGAGAGAGGGGCCGGCUGCAGCAACGCAGACCCCCUGGCUAACGGCAGCGCCGCCCGGCCAGUGCAAAUCACUGGGUUAGCCAGAGGACUUCGUAGUAAAAAAGCAUAUCAACCGAUCCCGUCACAAGAGGGCGAUGUUGCCGACAACUCGGAUCAGGCAGUACACGAGUGUGCCAUCCACCAUUCCAAGUCUUUCUCUGAGCUGGACCAAAGGGAAUCAAAUCCUCACUCUGGCAGCAAAAUUGAAAUGGGGCUGCGUUUAACCUCUUCUUCAGACAACCUCAGAAUGAACUCAUCUGUAGCAAAUCAUCGUUUGACAGAAACUGGUAACCCUAUCGAAGAUGUAGGAGCAGAAACAUCUUUCACAGAUGCACAUGGUGCAAGAUCCGCGACUACUGUCUCAGACACUGAAAGUGACUUAACUGAGCUCGAAACAAUGCCAGCUAAUGGAAACAACGCCACCACGAGGUUAAAGCGAGCAGAGUCAUCGUUCUGGGUGAGGUACGUCAGGCUGCUUCGUCUGCCCGGUCAUUGGUUGUUUUUCUCCGGUGUAAUUGCCUCCUCGUUGGGGGCGCUCUUCAACGUGAUCCAUUUUGUGAGCUUCGCUGAGACGGUGGGUAUUCCCGAGCCCACGGCAUCAGUUCUCCUGCUCGUAAUGUCUGGCAUGGAGAUAGCUUCCCGUGUACUGGUUUGUAUCUGUGGUAACCAGGCCCCCAUUGGUCGCAUCAUCAUCCUUGCAGUGGUGUGUGUCAUGGCCGCAGUAGCAACAUACGCACUGGUAGUUCUACCCACUUUCGCUGUGGUCACAAUUUAUGUGAUAAUUUUAGGUUUCGCGAGAGGGAUGAUAUAUGCGAUUGCCUUAGGAGCUACUAUCGAUACAUUCGGCGUGGAUCGUGCAUUGGAAUCUUACACAUCUCUCUUGCUCUCGUACGGAAUUGCUGGGGCCUUGGCGUCCACCAUCGGAAUUAGUAAAGACCUUACCGGCAGUUUUACGAUAUCUCUGCACAUCAUAGCGGUCCUCUUCCUUGUCGCCGCCAUCUUGUUCGUCUCUGCGCAUGUGUGGCGGAAAAGGAACCCCCUCAAUGGCCAGCGGAAGCUGAUCGAGUCCGACGUCAAUGCAAAUAUAUGCGACGACGGGGGGAAAGGGGUGGAGCAUCAGGGAAAUGGUGUUUUGCCUACCGAGCAAGUCUCGACGCCACUGUAAGGUUGAGGGCGCCCUUUAAUAGGAGAACGGCUUAAUCAAUGAUGAUGAUUUGUUUUUUUCCAAAUCUCGGCUCGUGUAUAAGUAGAAUUUGGUCCGCACAGCACAACUUCCAUCUCGAUACCUUGGGGGAAAAACAAGAGUUUUAUUAGUGUAGCAAAUAUUACUGAAGUUUUUGUCGCGAAAAUCAAACUAAUGUGUGACAGUAUUGAUGAUUGAAGUUUCGUGUUUGGUGUUGGUACGUUAUAUGCCGUAUAAUAGGAUUUGUAAGUGAUUUUCACUGUCAAGAACUGCACCCCUAAUGUUGUUUCUUCAGAGCACGACAUCAAGUUUGUGUUAGGUUCGAACACAAUAACUGAGCAUGUAGUGUUAACGGUUAGGGUUUUGUUGCCCGAUUCACCAGCUUUAUGAUAUGUAGAUGAUUCUUAACGAGACUACAAAAUCAUUGCGCAUACAAUUCAGUCAACAUUCAUCCACACAUCAAUAACAGAGGCGUAGCAAGGUCAUUUUUAUGGGGGGGGGGGGAAGUCGCGCAUUCGUGCUGAAUGUACACAGGGUUUUUUCUCCGGAAGGCCGUAAAAUUAAAAAGUGUGGAUGUCGGUACCAUCUUCCAAUGGGGCGCUGUUCAAACAGGACAACAGUGCACACUAACGUACAACAUAAUAUGGCGCUUUUCAGGGCGGCACUAUUGCGAAAUUCCAAAAAAGGCCCUCGUUAAAAAUUGGCACUUGUUUUACAAAAAAAAAGGGGCAUUUGAUAAAAAGGGCACUCUUUAAAAAUAAUGGGGGGGGUAAACGCUGUUGAAAAAAAGGGCAAUUUAAUGGGAAAGGGAAGUCUUUACAAAAUAGUGCAGGUAAAUACCCUUAGCGCCCCCCCCCCCCCCCUAUAGCCAACAGCCGCCAGAAAUUCCAAAGAUAGCACUGGUGGAAGGCCGCUGUUAAAAACAUAACACUUGUUUUACGAAAAACGGCACUUGAAAAAAAGGGCACUCUUUAAAAAUAUUACAAAUAUUGGAGGGGGGGGGAUAAACGCUGUUGAAAAAAGGGCACUUGAGUGGAAAAGGGCAGUCUUUACAAAAUAGUGGGGGUAAAUACCCCCUUAGGCCCCCCCCCCCCCCCCAGCUGGCUACGCCUCUGAAUAAGCAGGUGACAACCAAACCUUCUAGCCACCAAAGAUCCUUCACCUCUCACUUCAAUCGAUUUUUGAUCUCUCACCUUGAAAACAUCGUUGGGUAUUGGAAAGCCUGUGAUAGCUUAAGCUUUAAAAUCAAUUUCUUCGGCAGCACUGGCCCAAAGUGCAAUAGUUGUUACGUCAUCUAAAGGCACUAUUUUGCUGAAUCACAGAAUAGGAAGUGUGCAGGAAGUUUGAUGUAGGCCAAACAACUGUUCCGAUGGACCGGAAUGCCUGGGCACUCGUGACCGGCCGAGUGCCGCACGCACGGCGCGACCACCCGUGCUUGUGAUCUGACUUCCUCGCUUGGUGGUCCGAGUCAUAAGGUUAUCAGGUUCAAGUUUACUAGGUGAAACCAAGGAAACGUUAUGAUGGAUCUGCUAAGCUGCCAAAAUUGUGGAUGAGGUACCCAAAAAAAUAAACAUUCAAAAGAAAUUGCUAAUUUACCAGCAUAACUUAAGUUGUAUCGAACGAAAGAUUCUUUCGUGAGAAGAGUGUGUGAUAAAUGAUUAGAAGCAACUCCCUCUCCCUAUUUUUACAAAAUUUAAGGUCACUUUCGUCCGAAGAUCAUUAACAUGAAAUUGUUUACCGGCCAUAUUUCAAAGGUCUGGUUUGCAGGAAAUCCACAUUAUACUCUUUAAAGAAAAAUUUUGAAAAACGCGGCAGCUGCUUGUUUUUGGCCUUGCCCGGCAGUCAAUUAAACCAUUCACUCUGUGAUAUUGGGUUCCGCGCUAAUUUUAGACGGAAUUAAACAUAUGGCGAUCCUAGCAAGGAAUUAUACGAAUAUCGCUCCAACGACCCGAUUUUUUGAGAACCAAAAUUUGUACCCAAACAAAUCUUUGCGCGAGAAUUACACGUACACAAAUUCAGGGCAUAAGUGUUAACAUUAAAAUUUGACUUUUAACGAUCUUUCCAAGUGCAUGUAUUGUCAUUUUCCAGACGAAAGUGCUCCUUAUUAUGAAUGCCAACUUUUUCACAUAGCAAUAUUUUUGGAACACGAAAAAUUGCUUUGAGGUUUUUUUGUUUCUACUUUAAAUAAUUAGGAGGAAAUUCUUCAGAGGAGCACGGAUAUACUAGAUAUGCAGGAAUUACUAAUGGUACAUGAGAUUUAAGCCAAAAUUAAACAUCGCACGACCGGUUACCCGGUCAUGUGAUGCAGUAUGUCUUUGAAAGUCACGUGGUCUGAACUUGUUUUGAUAGCCAGGAGUCAAGGACUGUGUAGAGUAGUCUGUGCGAUUUUACAUGCGAUUUUUAUGUUUUUACAGUGUACAUUUUUCGUUUCUUUUCAUAUUUUUAAAAUAAAUUUUUGUUUUUUGAUCAAUCACCCUGAGUAUAUAUUUUUCUAGAAGUUGUAGAAAUAAAACUAAUUGUUGAAAAUA